UUUUCGGACGUUUAAUUUUCCUAAUUUGCGAAAUUUAGUGAAUUAGUGUUAAUUUAUCGAUCAUAAUCGUCGUUAAGGAUCUAUUUUUUUGCAUUUUUCAUCUUCUUUAGGCCUGCUAAUUACAUUUUAUAACGUUGCUGUUGUAACACCCACGCAGUGCAGUUAAUUAAAUUAAAAACGGACAUAAUAGUGGAUGUGAAACAGUAGCGAAGUGAGAGAUAGAAAGAGCAUGGCUGCCUCGACUUCGGAGGACAUCAUUCCGAGCUGUGAUGAAAGUUACUACAACGACGAUGAUGAAGAUGAAGAUGAUGUUGAUGGGCUCAGUACCACUGAUGUACGCCAUCUUAAAAGAUGGGCCCCGCUGGGUUCCAAUGCUUCAAGUUCGCCUCAGCCUAACUUCUCUGAAAGAAGCAGAAAUUCAGCUGAGCAGGAUAGGAUGGAGAAGUUGGAGGAAGAGCAGGAACAGCUGAACAUGUCGCUACUCUCACUUACUACGCAUUUUGCACAAGUCCAGUUCAGGCUGAAGCAAAUUGUUGAUGCCCCCAACAAUGAAAAAGAGGUGCUGUUGAAAAAUUUAGAAGAAUUUGCAUUCAAGGGAAUCCCAGAUUUGAAUGCAUGCCAUGAACUUAAGAAAAAGAAACAGUCAGAUGAUAUGUCUGACAAGGAGCACGACAACCUGAUAACAAAACAACGAGAGAAGCAGAUGGAACUGAUCAGUCAGCUGAAGUCACAACUCGAAGACCUCGAAACUUUUGCUUAUGAGACUGGGGAAGCCAGUAUAAUGCCGACAAGUCGAAUUCUGGAGAAGCAGAAGGUGGUGAUCGAUCAGCUGAUGAAGAAACUCUCGUUGAAAGAUCUGGAACAUCUCGAUCAGUUGAGUUCGGAGCAGUUGUGCGAGACGAUCGAUCGAGCGAUUGGUCAGAUCCUCUACCCCGGCAAGGUCAAGGAGAAACUCGUCGACCAAUUGAAAACCCAGAUCACCGACCUAGAGAGGUUCAUCGAGUUUUUGCAGGGCGACAACAACGGCAACAACAACAACAACAAUACCAUCAUCAACAAGAAUGACUACAACAACAACAAAAUGAACAGAAACCAAUGCACUUGCGGCCAUUCCAAACAAAAUGAGAAAGAUUAUGGCUGUAACUCUGGAAGCCGAGCUGAUAGUAAGCGUCUCAGAGACCAGACAUCGAGUCUGAUGAGGCAGGCUGCAACGGCUCUGCAGAUCUUCAUCAUCACUCAGUUCGGUUGCGGAGGCAGUGGGAAGGAAUUCCAGAAGAACCUGCUGAAGAGGACCAGCAGGGGCAACCAUUGGGGAGAUCUGAGAGCUCGUUUAGAAAUAUCUAUAAGCCGAAUUGUUGAACUGUGCAACCUGAGGACAAGAAAUAGAGAUGCUGAUGUUGAUGCUGGAGGGGACGCCGAAUCCGGUGAGAUAGUGAUGAAGGUGGCGAAGAGAAGGAAGAGGAGUUCUACAAACUCUUAUGAUGAGUCGUUUGAGGAUGAUUGCGACAUGGAGAUAGUGAAUGCAGUUCGGAAAGAUCUGGCUAUAUCAUUGAGGGACCUCAUGCAGCAUGGAUUGGUUGAGUUGGAGCACAGUCAAAGCAUUGUCCCGUUUGGAUGCUUCUCAUCUCGAAACAGCAGCAGCAGCAGCAAGCUGAACAGCAGUGGUGGUGGUGGUAGCGGCGCUGGUAGCGACAUGAUGCAUGCCUGGCAACUAUUUCUCAAAUAUUAUCGAGUUAAACAUGGAAAGAAGUACAGUGAGGCCCCGGCUAGAAAGUUGUCCAUGGCUUUCGGGCUGGAGAGUGUCGGUGGAAAGGUUAUGACCCCGAAACAGACCCUGCUGACGGCCAUUGAGAUGGUCUCCAGCACGCACCAGCCCCUAAAACGCAACGACGAUUCGCAGUUUAAGGCGUUCAUAUGUCUAGCCCUCAACCAAAAGAAAUUGGUUUCCUGGUUACGAAUCAUGCUUCGAUGUGAGUGGCUGGUUGAAUAUUAUUACCAGCCAUGGAGUUAUGUCGUUAAGACUGGGUUCAACGACGCUCUCAUCUCAUUGGACAAUCUCUCAAAAAUCGACUUUGACCUUCCAACCGACCUGGCAAUUCGACCAUUUUUGAAUAUAAGGGACGCUUUCUGAUUGGCUAACGAUUUAAAGCUAUUUUGAUUGGUGCAGAAAUUUUCAAAACUGAUUUUAUCAUUCAUUUUAUGUUUGUGCUGUUUAUUUAUUUGCUUGAGUUUAAUUUAUUCUUUUAAGGAUUAUUUUUUCACUUUCAACAAGGCGUACGAUGCUGGCGGCUUGAAUACUACUAAGAAGGGUGGGCGUGAUAACGUUAUUGUAUUUAUUAUUCUUCAUGUUGACGUUAUUUUUCUGUCUACUGCUCCAUUCAUACAUUCCUUACGUUCAAGCUUUCAUUCCUUCGUCAUUUUCAAAUUAUUCAGCCAUUCAUUCAUUCUUUAAAAUUUCAUAAUAUUUUUAUUAUAUUUUUGGAUAUUAUGUAUAAUAUAGAUUGUAAAGUGAUGACGAUUAUGACGAUGGUACGUUCUUACAUGGUUCGCCCGCUGAUGAGAAAAUUUCGUUGAUAUAUUUGUUGAUACAUUUUAAAAUAUUAAGUUGUAUUUGAAUCAAACGAAAAUUAAAAUUCAUGUGGUUUGGUUAUAAAACAUCUUUAUAAUCUAUU